CAUCUUGCUUAUUUGUCGUGGGUCUUGGGAAUGUAAAUAAAGUUUCAUCAAAUUCUACAUCUCGCGAGCUUUCCAACGAUAUUUUACACUUUAACGAGACUUGAGAAUGGCGAUUUUUGGUCUUUUUGGCUUGCCGUAAUUAGUAAACACUGGCGCAUAAAAACAAAUUCGGUUCAUUUACGCACGUGGGCGAACUGGAGAGAGCAACUAUAGAACAGCGGCAAUUUAUUUGAUUAAUUUAGACAUUUUAUCCAUUUACAACUAAGGCUAAAAGCCAUAAACAUGCCAAAGAACCAGAGAUUACAAAAAAUUAUAUACACCCUGUUAGAAGCUCUGGACAUGGAGAGACCUAAUGAUAUGGAGAUAUCAAACUCUGAAGACAGCAGUGAUAUCUAUGACUCAGAGGAGGAGGAAUGUUUUUUCUCAAACGUUGACUCAGUUAAUGAGGAAGAAGCCAGUGACAAAGAGGAGACCCUUGCUGUGUCCCAUCCCACCCAGCCUCAAGUUGGGUGGCUGUUACCUUCUUCUUCAAGUGAAGAUGAGUUUAUUCCACCUAGCCAGACAAGCUAUUCCACUUCAAGGCCUGUAACACGGUUUUCAGAUGGAGCCUCAAUCUCAUUACCAACACAAAGAUCCCCCAUCCAUGGGCCAUCAACACAUCGUAAGAGGACCCGACAGAGAGGGUGUGGUGCUGCAAGUAAGCGUUCAAAACCGGCUGUAUCCAGAUCUGACGAUGUGCGGGAGAGGUGGCAUAAUGCAGAGGAGCCAGAUGUGGAGCCACAAUCACCCAAAUUUCAGCCAAAAAAUCCAGUAGGGCCCAGAAUUGACUGUACAACGACUUGGUCACCACUCAGCCUGUUCAAGCUUUUCUUUAGCUCCAGUUCAUUGUACAACAUAAAAAACAAUACAAACGCCAAUGCAGAGAAAAGAAUAGCAGCAGGGAUGAAAUUUGAUUGGUUUCCCCUCUCAGUUCAAGAACUGCACGUAUUUUUGUCAAUUAUAAUUUUUUCUGGUAUGAUCCGGUUGCAUGCAAGAUCUGAUAUGUGGCGUAGAGAUUGGCCAUAUAACUUUGGUUUUCCGAGGAGCCAUAUGACCAGGGACAGGUUUGAGUCUAUUUUUUGGUCUCUUCACCUGUGCAGCAUAACAGAAGAUGAAGAGAAUAAAAAAAGAAAAGGAACAUCAGCUUAUGACAAACUUGUCAAAAUAAAGCCCCUGUAUAAUGAAAUUAUUCAUGCCUGUAAUUCCCUUUAUCAACCAGGGAGGGAAAUUACAAUUCAUAAGAGGAUGGUGGCUAGUAAAGACAGAACUGGCUUCAGGCAGUUCACGAAGGACACGGCGACCAGGUUUGGAUACAAACUGGUUGUAUUAGCAGAUUCCCAAACUGGGUACACUUGGAACUUCUUCAUAUACCAAGGUAAAACAGAAAAUGUUCAGGGUGAGGGCCUCAGUUACACCUCUGUAAUGGACUUGAUGAACUUCCGUCAGCUGGGAGAAGGUUAUCAUCUAUAUGUGGAUAACUUUUAUUCCAGCUCUGCACUUUUCCAGAAGCUCUCUGCCCACAACACACUGGCCUGCGGCAUCGUAAGACCGACAUGCAUUGGAUUUCCUACAACAAAAGUGAAUGACUUGCCAAAGAAUGCUGAGAGGGGAGACAUGAGGUGGUUACGAAAGGACAACCUCCUCUUUGUCAAAUGGAAAGAUACAAAGGAGGUAACCAUGUGCAGCUCUUUCCACAAGGCAUUUACUGGACACACAACAAAAAGGAGGGUGAAGAAGGCUGGACAGAAGCAAAUCAAGAACAUUGAUGUUCCUGAUCCUGUGAGGGAUUACAAUAAGUACAUGGGUGGACUGGGCUUCUCCGAUGCCCUCAUCCAGUACUACUCUGUGCAUGGGAAGACAAUGAAAUGGUAUAAGACAUUUUUUUACCAUUUUCUUGACAUCGCCAUUUUCAACUCGUUCAUCCUUCUCAAGCAGUUGGCCAUCAGUAGGGGUGACACUCCCAUGACACAGAAGAGAUUCAGAGAAAUCUUGAUGAAGGAGCUAGUGGACGAGGCGAAAGCCAUAGAUGCUGCUUCUGCCCCCCAGCCUACCCUCAGCACCACCUGCCUGCCAAUGUACUUCGGAGAAAAAGCUGGUGAAGCUCGGAGAGUGUGUGUGCAGUGCAAGGCCCAGGGGAGAAAAGUGAAGACACCAGUGUAUUGCAGCAAAUGCAAUGUGGCUCUUUGUUUCACCUCAGGAAGGAACUGUUUUAGGGACUUCCACCUAAAACAAUAAAACCUCUCAGAUUGAUGCUGUUCUUUAUUUUAUUUUAUUUUAGUGUGCAGUUUUUGCUCGUUGAUAUGGAACAUAUUUUGUGUUUGCAUGUUGCACACUGCUUGUUUUUUUGGUUACAUUAUAUAGUUGACAGGCUUUAUUUUGAACUGAACAGUUCUUUUGUUGCUCGUGAUUUACAUAUGUUCUAUACUUACUGCCCAUAAUUGACAUUUGGCUUUUAUUAUUAGAAAUAUUACACAUUCACCUUUGUGUUCUUUUUCUAUAUAUACAUUUUACACAAUUAUUGCUUACAUAAUGCAAAGGGCAUUUUGUUAUUUUGUCUGAUAUAUUUUUCAUUUUUAUACUGAAUGUACAUAGUUUUCUUCACUGUGUUUUGCUACUACAUUUUACAUGUUGCCUUUGUGUUUCUUUUUUUCUAUCUUUAACAGUUUAUAGACAGUCCAUUAUUGAAAUAAAUAUAGUGGAAUAAAAAAAGGUUACAGCUCAUUAAUUUUUUAUUGGUUCUUAUACUGUGCCAGGGCCAAACAGUGGACUGUAAGCACACAUCCUCCUAUAGUGGUAUUUUGUUGACAGAUUUCCUUCCUAGGUUAAAAAACCCAUUUGGCAGACUUUGGCGCAGUUUGGGUAUCCAAGUGGCCAAAUAGAGUCCGCCUGGUACUAUCCACACUAAAACCUGCAUAACAGCUAU